AUGGGAAAUCUAGACGAUAACAAGUUCACUUGGGUGAUUAAGAAUGUCCCAACGUUGAAUUCAGAUAUGCUUUUUUCGAAUUAUUUUGUCAUCGGUGGCUGCAGCUGGCGUGUUGUGGCACAUUCCAAAGAAAAUAACUUUAAAGAAUCUUUAUCUCUAACUCUGAUUGUUGCCGAAGAUUCUGCUCAAAAAAUGGGUUGUGGGUGGAGUAGAUACGCUAAAAUUAUCUUUACUCUAGUCAAUCAAAUUUCUGAAAUUCUCUCUCAACGUAUAGAAACCAUGUUUGAUCAAAAGAGUUCGGUUUUCAGUAGCGAAACUAUGUUUUCUAUUGGGAAAUUUGAUGAACACUUUGCUGGAUUUAUUGUAAAUGGAGAAAUCAAGAUUGUUGUUGAGUUUCUUGAAAUUAUUGACAAAUUAGUGUUAUCUAAAGAAUCAAACCCGCCUUUUAAAAAGACAAAGCUAAACAAUGAUGGUGAAGUGUCUAAAGAUUUGAUUAGGGAGGUUCCAGUAAUAAUGGAAAGCAUUGUUGUUAAUGGGUUUCAUGUUCUUCCUUCACAGGUGGAAUUUGUGAAGCGUAUUUUUGAAAAACAUCCAGAUGUUGCAAAGGAGUUUCGUCCAACGAACCGGAUUGUGAAGACAGCGUAUAUGAAUGUUCUACUCAGUUUGAUUGAGACUUUGCGCCAGUCGCCUAGAGAAAUCUCUAAGAAUGAUCUGGAUGGUGCAUGUGGUUUACUAAGAUCCAUGAAAGAGGCUGGAUUUAAGUUGGAUUGGUUGGAGAAGAAACUGAAUGAAGUGUUAGAAAAGAAGGAGAAAGAAGAAAGUUAUGAGACUCGAAUGCGAGAAAUCGAGGAAGAGAUGAAGGACUUGAAGGCAAAAGCGUUGGACGUGGGAGCUCCUUUAAGGUUAGAUGAUGUUGUCUGA